AUGUCCGUCGCCAACCUGCGCUUCCUCAUCACCGGCGGCGCUCGCGGCCUCGGGCGCGGCCUCACUGCCUGGCUCGUGCAGCGCGGCCACGACGCGUACAUUCUCGACGCGGACGCCGGCGAGCUGAAGCACACGCUCGGCACGCACCUGCCGUCGCUGAAGCCGGCAGCCGGCAGCGCCAAGCUGGGCCGCUUCGAAGGCGCAGAGUGUGACAUUUCAAACGCAGAGCAGGUCGGCGAGGCCGUGCGCAAGGCGGCACAGUGGCACCGCGGCGGGCUGCUCGACGUGCUGGUCAACAACGCAGGUCGCGCAAAUCCGUACUGGGCGGACGGCCGCACGUUUGAGCAGAUCGACGUGCAAGAGUGGCGGACGUACAUCGACACCAACCUGAGCGGCGCCUUCUACGUCUCCAAGGCCGCCGUGCCGUUCCUCAAGGCCAGCGCGCGUGGAGAGGAGGAGCCACGAGGCGCCAUUGUACACACUUCGUCGAUCCGCGCUAAGCAGUCUGAGCCAAAUCAGGAGGGCUAUGCCAGCGCCAAAGCCGGCCUGCUCGGCAUGACGCACUCGAUGGCCAGCUCGCUCGCCGACGCACAGUACCGCAUUCGCGUGAACGCCGUUCUGCCUGGCUGGUUCCCUACGGACCAAGAGUCGAGCGCCGGCGGCGCGUGGGACGACGGCCUGACGAAGGAGGACCACGAGCAGCACUGGGCGGGGCGCGUGGGCAAGAUGGAGGACUAUGCGCAGGCGGUAUUCUUCAUGGCUACCAAUGGCUUCGUCACGGGCCAGGAGAUCGUCGUGGAUGGAGGCAUGACGCGCAAGAUGGUGUAUGUCGAGUAGAGGGGUUGCCGCAACACGUCUGGACGAUCUCGUAGUCGGGCGAAGGCCCCGGCAGCAGGAAUGGCAUGCUCUCGCUGGACAAGUUGCAGUCGUCGAAGGUGCGCAUCUGUCGCUCCAGUCGCAAACUUGCCAGC